UGUGUUAUCACAUGUCUCGGUACACGUGAUCUUAUAGUGAUGCUUUUCAUAUAUUAUUUAUUAAAUAUUUUUCGUAAACGGAAAAAUUAUAAUAAUAUUUAUAAGCAAGUGUUUUUCAUAUUAUUGUAAUUUAUAAAAUUCUGUCUCAAGCUUAUAACACUGAUUAUGGAAGAAGAUGAAGAUGGUCAAAUAGAUGCCCUCACUGAAACUAAAAAUCUUUUAAAUGAGAUAAACACAAGUGUGCUACUUGCUAAAGAACCUAUUAAUAAAAUUAUAGAAAAAGAGCAAAAUAUUUUGGAAGGUAUUAGUUUAUUAGAUGUUAAAUACCAUACCUUACUUAGUUAUCUUCAAGAUUUAACUCAUGUUAUUUUAAACAAGUGUCAAUUUAAAUCUAUUCAAGACAUUGCAUCAAUUGAUAGGCUUGUAGAGCAACGUACUAUACUUGAACGAAUAAGACCAUUGGAAUUCAAGAUUAAAUAUCAAAUUGAUAAACUUGUUAAAACUGCUUUAUCUGGAAAUUUUGAUCCUAAUGAUCCUAGUAGAUUUCGUGCUAGUAUUAAUGGGUUGGGAGACGUUGAUGAUGUAGAAUAUGAUGAAUCUAAUGAAGAUGAUAACAAUCUUACCAGUUCUAAAAAAUCUAAAGGUGGAGUAUAUGUUGCACCUAAAGUCACAGCUGUUCCAUAUGAUGGUGAUGAAUCGCGGACUGUGAAGAAACAAAAAGAAUUUGAAAGAGCUAAAAAGAGAGCAUUACAGAGUUCCGUUAUGCAAGAGCUUAGAGAAGAAUAUGCAGAAACACCUUUAGAAGUUCAAAUUAAUACUGUUGGAUUAAAAAAUAAACAAUCCAAAUAUGAUUUUGAAAGACAAAAAUAUGAAGAAGAUUAUUUCACUAGAUUGCCUGUUACCAAGAAAGAUAAGCAUAGAGCUAAACAAUUAUCAUCUAUUACUUUAGGUAAAUUAGGAAAAGAAGUAACUCACUUUGAAGAUACUUCUGCACUUGGUGGCCAUUUUAAAGAAAAAGAUGGAAAUAAACGAAAAAAGAAAUUUAAAGGAAAAAAAAGUUUUAAAAAGAAGAAAAGAUUUUAAAUUUAUACAUGCACAUUCAUGUAUACACAGACUAUUAUUUUUUGAAAUAAAUAAUUUAAUUAAUAAAAAAUAAAUUUAAAUUAGAAAAAUAUACUCAAUUUUAUAACAUAGCAGUUCCUUAAUUUUAAUGAUAAAUACUUUAACGAUCUAUUUAUAAGUCAUAUAAGGCUAGUUAAAGGUGACUUUCCAUGAUUACAGAAAAUCAUAAUUAAUAUAUAUAAAUAUUUUUUCAGAUCAAAGCCAUAAAUACUUUCAAUUAUAUUUUUACUCAUAAUCAGCUAAAACUGAGUAAAUAUAUUUAAUAGUAGCUUGUCAACUGAAAAAUUUUAUUUGCUAAUAGAACUUUAGAACUCAUAAGUAUGCCGUUCUUAGUAGUAGUGUAAAUUUUUCGUUUUGUAAGAUGAAAAAAUAAAUAGUUUUUUUUUGUUAAACUUUACACUAUCCUAUUUAAAGCGAAUUUUAAACAACAUUUUUUAAAUUCCAUUUUUCUUUUUAAAAUAAGCUUAAAACAAUAGUAGUAGUAUAUUUUGUUCAUUAUUGUUUUAAAAAUUAUUUUUAACCUUUUAGUUCGAUAUGCUUUAAAAGCGUGUUCUUUUAGUUUUUUUUAACAAUAUUUAUUUUUCACUUUUUAGUUUUUUAUGACAUCGCUGUCGCAGUCACCGAGUGUUUAUUGUCAAUUACGACUAUAAUUAAAUAUAAUUUUAUGUAUUGCCAGCCAGUGUAUUUAUAAACUCACAACAAUGUGUCUUGCUACCAUUGAUAAUAAAGACUAUAUGCUUGUUAAUA